AUGCAGCCCUUCAGCCCCAUCUUCUUGCUCAUCUUCCUCCUCGAUGGUCUGGGCUCCAAGGCAGCUCCCUCAGCUUCUCUAUCUGUGAGCUCCGACCCCCAGGGGAUGAUCCAGCCCUCUAGGAAGCCCAUUGGCGCUCUAGAAAAUUCUACUAGAGAUGGGCCUACCCCAGGAUACCCUUCAACAGUUCCACCUGAGCCCUCCAAGACACCGCCCUCAGAUCCCCAUCACACCUCUAGGGAAAACCCAAGUGAGACCCCCAGCCCCAGCCUCUCAGAUGCUCCAGAGACCCCAGUGCCUGCCCAGCGUAUGACCUCAGUCACAGAAUCCCAGGAGGCUUCACAAGCUAACCCCUCCAAAGCAACACUGCCAGAAUCUCCUGAGACCCCCAAACCUGACCUGACUGCAAUUUCCCAGUCUGGAACUCCUGAUAUCCAAAACCCUAAUCCCUUCAAAGCUUCACUCCCAGAAUCUCCUGAAACUAAACACACUGACCCUAUGCCAACUAUACACCAAGACUCCCCUGAAAUCCUCAGAGGAGAGACUCCCCAAAUCUCUCCAGACGAAGGACCUAAAGUACCAAGUCCUGGCCCCACCCAACUCCUCAGCUUCAGAUCCCUAGAGACCUAUGACCCUACUACCUCCAGAACCCUAAAUUCUGCCUUACUACCAACCACCCAUCCCGACCCUACAGAAACGCCACAGUCAUCAUUUCUCCGUACCCACAAUUCUAAUCCCACUGAUAUCCCCCAAACACAGCUCCCCACAACCCCCAACCAAAAUGCAACAGAGAUGGCUGUGGCCUCUGACUUGGAAAUCACCACUAGUCUUCCCACUCAACCAACAGCAACCUUCAGGGAGGAAGCCACCAUACCCCGUGAUCCAGGCUUGAGUCCCAGCCCAGGGGCCCCUGCAGCCAUCCAAGCUGACAUUCCUGGCCUGUCCACCUCAGAUUCCCCAGGGACCAAAGAGCUGAAUGUACCCCAGAAUUCAGGCCCCAAAGGACCAAACAACCCUCCUGCCUCUGCACAGAUUAGAGGCCCCCCUGCUCCUCCACAACACCCCAAUCAGGUAGCCCCUGGGGAGCCUCAGGCCCCUCAGAGACACAGCCCAGGAGAGAGAGUCAAUACUAUCAUCGUGGUGGAACGAGUGAAGGAGACUGGGAUGACUCUGGUCAGCCGCCCACGAGGCUCCAUCAGUGGAGCCCUAUGCCUGUUCUUGGCGGGGACAGUGAUGCUGAUUGGUGUCUUCCUGCUGCUGUGGUGUCUCUACCGCCGAGCCUCCAGACACAGGUCCUUUGCACACCACAGGCUCCAGGACAGCGGAGACGAACCAGUAUUGCACCUGGAUACCCCGAAGGACCCCUUGGACCUCUACUUCUAUGCCCCCGACGCAUGGGUGCCCUCACACAUCGCCACGCGGCAGCCACCUCCCACGCCUCCACUGCCGCCCAAGCUGCCCCCUCCGCCCCGCGGGCCACAGCGCCUGGAAGCCCUGUCGCCUGCCGCUCUGUCUCCCAACUUCGUCUGA